CAUACACAGAGCAGCAGCGCGGGAGUUCCUCUUCAUAAUUCAUCUAUCUAUUUCGCUGCUCUCAAAAAAUCCAAUGGAAAUUUCUUCCACUUCGAAUCUUUGCUUACACUUAAUUUCUUGUGCAUUUCAAAGAUGCCGUCUAUCUCAACAACUCUGCCGGCUCUCUGCUGUUCUCAAAUCACCAUCUCCUUCCAUCCUUCAAAUUUCCAUUUCUGAUACUGGAAUCGGUAGCUGCUUGGAAGAAUUCCAGGAUCUUAACUGCAGCAGCAUUAUUUCUGCUGAAUUUUGGGAUGGAAUUCUCUCUGUCAAAACUACUGCAAUUUGUGAUGAUGAGAUAUAUCAUUAUCACUUCAAUUUAAGGGAAAACAUUUCCAGCAGCAGAACCCUUACCCGUCUACCUUCGAAUCCUAAGAACGGUCUGAAAUUCAGUGGGACUCAAAUAUGUCUGUCCAUUUCAGAGAGCAUUGAUGUUUUAGUUUCUGAGAUCAAUCACUUCUUUCAAAAGAUGAUGAUCUUGAAUAUCCCAAAUAUUGCAAUUGAACUGUUGAUUGAACGUGAAGAUAUUCCUGGAUCAAGAUGUGAAAAUGUCUUUCUAGCAAAUAGAAGCAAUCCUGGACCUCUUUCAACCUCAAAUGUUGAAUUUCUAAAGUCAGGCCUUGAAGAUUAUGUUUUAAAGCAUGGGAAUUCUCUAACCCAAAAGUGCAGUACAUGCUUUGCAACUUCUGAGUGUCUUAAGGUUGGGAGUGGAAUAGCAUGCAGCACAGAAAGCCAUAAGAGUUCUGGACUCAUGAUGGAAGUGGUGAUUAUAAUAAGUGAGAUAGAGUCAACCUGUCCUUGCUUCAGGGAAUGCAGUUCUAAAACAGAGGUAUUGUAUUUCAAGGAUUUCACACCCUGUUCAAUUUCCCAUUCAACGCUGAAUGUAUUGUCUACCAUUGACUGGAAAAGUUAUGGACUGACUCUGGAGAACGUUGUGGAUCAAGGUGUCUGUGUACUAGAGUGGGAAGACUCACCAUCUCAUUCUCAAAUUGAUAUGGUCCUCCACUGCUACCAUAAGCAAUAUCCAAUGCAUAAAACUCAACUUGAACGGCAUCUCAUAAAAAAAGCAGUUAAAGCUGCAUUGAAUAAUUUGAAGGAGAAACAUCCAGGAAUUCUUCUAAGUGCACAUGCCCUCAAGAUUUGCAGUCAUGCCCCUGACCUUGCAAGAUCUAUUGCUGGCCUCAUCUUGUCAUCUAAUGAUCCAGACUUUCAAGGAGAAUGCUUCUCUCUACUUGGUUUGCAGUCAAGAGAAAUUGGAGCGGAUGUUGUUGAAGAUUGUAUCCAGGAGAAGAUCGUUUCAGUUAUAGAGAUGAAUGACAGGAAGUCCAGGCAACGCAAAGUGGUGGCGCCUUUUCUUUUUGAAGACGACUGCGACCAGGAUUCGAACUAUCAAGACAAAGAAUACGAAGAAGGUGAGGAUGAAUUUAGUUACGUGGAUUAGUAAAUGUAUCUAUGUGUCAAGUUCUUAUCAACUCCUGAGAUUGCUGUAAAGCUUUGUUAGCCCACAUGUAGGCUAUAGUUGUAAAUUGAGGAUGGUUACGGGAUUAGUUUGGGAAGGUCUGUUUUCAA